AUGGUCCUCAGUAUUCUCGCCGUUACGAGUCUGGCGGCCACCGCAAUGGGGCAUCAGGUCUCCGUUUCGGUUGAUGCCUCCUCUAGUCUUGGUCCUUGGACUCCUAUCCACCGUUUCUACGGUUGUGACGAGCCCAACUACGCCUACUACCCUCAUGGCUCUGCACUCCUCAAGGAGCUGGGCAACCUUGGCAAGGACCAGACUUUUUUCCGGACUCAUAACCUUCUAACGACUGGUGAGCCCGGCCUCGUCGGUGUUCCAGGCCUGAAGUGGGGGAGCACCAACGCUUACACGCUGGAUGACGCCGGUAACCCCAUUUACAACUUCACCAUCAUCGACGAUAUCUUUGACCACUAUCUGGCCGCCAACGUCAGGCCAUAUCUUGAGAUUGGAUUCUCCCCUAAAGCGCUGGCAGUGCACCCCAACCCUUACUUCUUUGACUUUAACCCUGCCGCUGGUGCUAGCAACAUCUACACUGGAUGGUCGCAUCCUCCCAAGAGCUAUGAGCGCUGGGGUGAACUGGUGUACAGGCUGGCCAAGCACCUCGUCGACCGCUAUGGCGCGAAGGAGGUCAACCAGUGGUACUUUGAGGUUUGGAACGAGCCAAACAUUCCAUACUGGAACGGCACGACCCAGGAGUUCUACAAGCUCCACGACUAUGCAGUCAACUCGGUCCGCAAGGCUCUGCCCACCGCUCGCAUCGGCGGCCCCGAGGUGGCUGGUGGUGCCGAUGGAUCCUAUCUCGGCGACUUCCUUGACCAUUGCGCUAACGGCACCAAUCAUGCAACCGGCAGCAAGGGAACGGCCCUUGAUUUCGUCUCGUUCCACGCCAAAGGCUCGCCGCUCUUCAUCAAUACUACCGGAGACAACGGCUAUAUCCAGAUGAACAUGUCGCCCCAGCUGCAGCAGAUCGAUGAGGCCUUCGGUGUUGUCGCAUCCUUCCCUCAAUACAAAGACAAGCCCAUCUUCAUGAGUGAGUACGAUCCCGACAGCUGCGCGGCGUGCACUUCGGCCGCCUAUGGGUACCGGAAUGGCCUUCUGUACGGCGCAUACUCCGCCGCGUCCUUCUCCCGUGCCAUGGACCUGGCUGCCAACCGUAGCGUCAACCUCCAGGGAGCGCUAACCUGGGCCUUUGAGUAUGAGAAGAACGCCAUUCUGCCCAACGAGACCGGCUACUUUGACGGCUUUCGAGUAUUGAGCACCCAGGGCAUCGACAAGCCGGUUCUCAACUUCCACCGCAUGUGGAGUAUGCUGAGCGGCGACCGCAUCAAGGCCGAGAGCUCCGGGCAGGUCCCCCUAGACGUGGUGCUAAAGGAGGGCAUCAAGGGCAAGCAGACCGACGUCGGCUCCCUCGCCACGUUUGACAAAGAUACGCAGGCACUCUAUGUGUUUGUGUGGCACUAUCACGACAACGACGUGGACUUCCCCGAUGCCGAGGUCUCUGUGGAUGUCGAGGGCCUCCCUGCCAACUUUGCAAACCAUCAGGGUAAAGUGAUAGCAAUGCACUACCGCGUGGAUGACGACCACAGUAACUCGUAUGCCAAGUGGCUCUCCAUGGGCUCCCCCCAGGACCCGACCUCAAAGCAGUACAGCGAGCUAGUCCGUGCUGGCAAGCUUAUGACGCUCGGUGCUCCCAAGUCCAUGCGCGUAUCGAAGAAGGGCACGCUAUCCGUCGAUUUCUCGCUCCCCAUCCGAGCCCUGUCACUGCUCGUGUUCGAGAAGAGCUCUGCCUCCUAG